AUGUUGGAGGCAAUAGGGAACGAAGUUCAAAAUGUGCAACAAACAGAUACAAAUCCGAGUUCCCUAGGAAAUUUUAUCGAUAUAGGCAGCUUUGAAAAUUUAAUGCCUGACGAUAGCGUAGAUAACUCUACCAGUAGAUCUGACAAUAUCAUACCUGACGAUGGCUCAGAUAAAUCAACCAGCAGGUUUAAAAAUCUUAGACCUGACAACGAUCAAGAGAUGUUUCAACAAAGUACUAGCCAGAAUCGUAGUUCAAGGAAAAAUUAUACAAUUUCUCCAGUCAACACAGAUGAAAGUGAUGUGGAUUGCAGUGACAUUGAUCCUGAUUAUAUCUAUGAAAGUUCACCCAUGCAAGACACUUCGAAUGCUUUAGAUACUACCGUAAGAAGUUCCUCACCGUCGUCGUCACCAUCUUUGUCUGAGAAAGAAAAUAUCACAGAAAGUCGUCACAAAGGUAAGAAAAGAUGUAGGGAGCCGUCCAAGUGGAAACAAAAUAAAGCUCAAACUUCAAGAAAUUCUGGAAAAAGUUACGUAUCUAAAAAAGAAAAUAUUACUCUAAUAAAAAAUAUCAAUAAAGUUGUUUAUGUUAAAAUUUCACAAAUAUCUGAAUUGUCGCCAACAUCUACUGAAAUUCACUGCAUAUUGAUGGCAUUAUAA